AUGCAGCGAGGGGCAGGGAUGUGGGGGAGAUGUAGCCCAAGGAAAGUGGCGAGCGGCAGGCGCCUGGGCUGCGCUGAGAAAACUGGGACAGCGCAGGUGGGGCGGGGAUGGCGGCGCGGCGUCAUCCGUGGAGCCGCUCACCUGGCGCUCAGAGGACCACUUCCUGGCCGCCUUCCCUGGCGCCCCACCUGCAGCUGCCCUCCUGGAGUGCAGGGCCGCGGGGAUGGCAGCCACCUCUCCUUUCUCCAGCCCUGGUGUCUGAAGGUCGUUAAGCCGGAAAUCUUCGCGUGUUACUAUUUCCGUAUCUCUGAGUCUUCGGGGAAUCCAGAGAAGGAGCCGGUGUUCCCCAUCUGGGCCGACAUGAGGACAAUGAAUGAAGGCAGGAAAGGCAAUAAAAGAUUGCCCCGUUCGAAGAGAAAUUCAAGGCUGGAGAGAUGCCAAAGCUCCAGACUUUUCCCCGGAUUCCCUCCCGGCUGGCCGUGGUGCACCGACCCCCUGCAGGCUGUGUUCACGCCGCCAACCCCAGGUCUUCUCCCUGCUCUCCGACGGAAGCCCGAGCCUCAGCUCCGGCCCCGCCCACCCCGGCGGGUAAGCAGACAAGCGUCUCGAGCAGACUUGCAUGGUGUAGAGUGCAGAGAAAGAAGAGAAGCUGGAGAAAGACAAACGAAUCUCAAGGAGGGUUGUAAGAUACACAGAAGGAAACAGGAAAAUGUGAUUGCAGCCCCGGCCACCACAGUGGUGAAGAAUGAAGCUUAG